GAGAUGCGGAUCUAUCCAUUUGCGAACUGUUUGUCAACUUCUCGAUCGAUUGUUGCGCGCUUGGACGGCAUCGCAAGCUGAUGAGCAUUCCCGUAGAAAUUGAUGAAGCAUUUCUGUGUCGAGGGCGCUGGCUUUUGCUUUGAGACGACGAGUGGCGUGGAUGCUUUUUGUUAUUGUUGCUUUUAUGGUAGUUGUGGUAGCUAGAUCAGAGUCUCGUAAGAAUCCACGGGGAUUCUGAUCGUUGGAGUUUACGGUUAGACGAGGGGAAUUCUUCCUUACACCAAGCUGGAAAUGGAAAAUGCGCCUCCAGGCUCUAAGGUUGUUGCGGAGUGGAUCGGCAACAGAUGGAAUGAUGCAAUGAAUGUUGCGCAACAGUCAUUAUCGAAGUGGACUCAGGGUAUGCAGCCCAUGAAACUGAAAAACGGAAGCCAUAGGAUUGCACGUCACCCCAAGGAUGAAACAGGCCAGGAUAAGCUUAAAGCUCGGCUGUCAUUGGAAAAAGAAAUGGAGGCAUGGAGGCGAAAUAGCAGAUGGGUAGAUGAGACGCCUGUUAUUGAGGUGAAGGUCCCAAGGGAAGCCUUUUGUGAAGUUUAUUCUCAAUUUAAAAUUGGGAUUCCUCCUGACGCAGUAUGGAACAUUUUGACAGAUCCCGGAAAUAAAAGAGUUUUUAAAAAUAUUCAGGCAGUAACUUCUCGCAAAGUGCUAAAGGAUGACGGGCUUAGGCAGUUGGUGGAGGUAGACCAAGCAGCGAUCUGGAAGUUUUUGUGGUUUUCUGGAACACUGAGCGUCUGUGUUUUAGUUGACCAAGACCGACGAUUGCACAUGAUGAAUUACAAGCUCGCAAAGCAUGGUUUCAUGAAACAGUUUGAUGGUACUUGGAAAGUGGAUCCUCUCUAUGUCGAUGCCCAGGGCAUUCCCGCUCCAGAACACGCAGCAGACAGAGUGGCAUCCAUUAUUACUUUGCAGCAGGUGGUGCAACCUGCUGUAGUGCCUCCUCCUCCAUUUAAGAAUUAUGUUCGAAAAAUUACGACGCGGACAACGGAAAUGUUACUGCAAGAUCUACAGGCUGAGGGUAAAAGAUUGCGAGAAGGCUCAUUAGAAAAUUUUGGAGAAUAUGUUAAAUUCUCACAUGCUACGAAGAAUGAAGAUGUCUUGGAUGAGAAUUCAGAUUACCUUAAGAAGACUACAGGCAGUCGGCGUAAGUCUAGGAAAAGCAGGUGGAGGAUGAAAGCAAGCUCAUCUCCAUGAAUUCCGCUAGAGCGUCCAAUCUCAAGUAAGAGUUUAUCAUGAGAAACUGUACAGGUAGAUCUUUACGGACAAUUUGUGCAAUUUUUUCCUCCUAUCAGGCUCAGAGAACUGUACAACAGUAAAACAGAAGGUGGAGAUGGACCAAUCUGCUCCAUUCCCCUUUAUUCUUCUCCAUUGCCCAUACAUUUUGCUCUCCUCUUUGGAUGGCAUCUCAAGCAUCUAUGCUAUGAUUUGGUCAGGUCUUAGAUUUUGAACAUACAUAGGGACGCCAGACUGGGUAUUUUGGUUACAGGGCUUGCCAGUGGUACUUGCUUUCUGGAAGAAAGCUCAUGAAAGCUCAGACUACUUGUAACAUUCUUGAGCUUGUGGUGGGGCGAUCUUUGUGUGAUGAAGCAAUUACCCAUCACCAAAACUUCCGUGUUCUGACACACCAAACCAGCAGCUACCAUUGGGUUCCAUGACUUACGUUUAGGAAUGGUUCCUCGGUUAAUCCCUGAAUUAAACUAUGGCGGCUUUAGAUGGUUACCUGUGGCUUUUUGCCAAGUAAGAUGGAAGUUUUUCAUUGGAAUUUAGCACUCAAGGUGCUGCAAGCUUUCUAUUGA